AUGAAUAAUUUUAUGCGAGACGAUCAAAAUAUGGAUGUUUCUUCAGCAUCUCCAUCAAAUGUCAUUGAUCAAAUGAUAUCAAUAGCACUAUUUGAUGAUGCUGGAAUGAAAAAACUAUUAUCAAAUAAUGAACAAAAUGAUUCAUCACAUCGAACUUGUCCUAUCGCAUCCUCGACACAAGAAAAAUGUCGAAUAACUAUUCGAAGUUACUUUUCUAAAAUUGAUUCUUUAAGAAGAUUAGCAUGGAAUAUAACUGGUCCUAAACAACUCGAACGUGCUGAAAUGAAAAUAUUUGAAGCAUUAAAAGUUCACUUUGAUGGUUAUUAUGUAUCUGUUUUAAAUAAUGCGCAAAAAAUUUGGACUGUCUCUUCAAAUUUAGCAUCAAAUAAUAUUCCUAUUGUACUUAUACAUGGUUUUGCUGGUGGUGUUGGUUUAUGGAGUUUAAAUCUUGAUCAGUUAUGUGCUGAUCGACCUGUUUAUGCGCUUGAUUUACCAGGUUUUGCACGUAGUAGUCGACUAAUAUUUAGUCUUGAUCCAAUGGAAGCUGAAAAACAAUUUGUUGAUAUACUUGAAGAAUGGAGAAUAGGGAUUGGAUUAAAUAAAGAAUUUAUUCUACUUGGACAUAGUUUUGGUGGAUUUUUAAGUACUUCUUAUGCAAUUAAUUAUCCGAAAUAUGUAAAACAACUUGUUUUAAUUGAUCCAUGGGGUUUUUCACAAAAACCAGAAAAUAUUUGGGAAACUGGACGUUUACAACGUAUACCAAAACGGUUAAGAACAUUUUCACCAGUUAUAAUGAAAGUUUCACCACUAACUGUACUUCGAGCAGCUGGACCAUUAGGUGUUUCGCUUAUAAAACGUUUUCGAGCCGAUCUCCAUGAAAAAUUUACAAAAUUAUUUGAUGAUGAUCGAAUAUUGAUUUAUUUAUUUCAUUGUAAUGCUCAAUUACCGACUGGUGAAGAAGCUUUUCAAACUAUGAGUGAUUGUUUUGCUUGGGCAAAAGAACCAAUGAUUAAACGAAUUCAUUUAUUAGAUGAACGAAUUCCAAUAUGUUUUCUUCAUGGCGAACAAUCAUGGAUAACAAUGAAAUCAUCUUUCAUUAUUCAAAAACAACGUCAAAAUACUUCUGUUGAUACAAUUAAAGAUGCUGGACAUCAUGUAUAUGCUGAUACACCUGAAGAAUUUGAAAUAUAUUUAAAACGAAUUUUAUAUAAUAACUAA